AUGAAUUAAGGACAAUAGUCAUAAUAGUAAGCAAAUGUUUAUCAAAACCCACUGGAGGGAUAAUUAAAUUACAAAAAUUAUUACAGAAUCAUGGUGUUAUUUUUUGCGGUUUUUGUUAUAUUGGCAAUCUUACAAACAUAUCAAUUCACUUAACACAAGAGAGAGAAGUUUAUUACAUUUUUAUGA